CAGCCAGACAGCCAUUGUUGCAGAAUAACUUAUAUCAGAAUUACGACAAUCUUCAAAAACGAUGCAGAAAUGGGUAUAUUCCGUUGAAGAUGCCUUUUAAAUAUCAGAACUACAAGUACACUUGUUUGGUGAUGAUGCUCCUGAGAAUCCUAUGGUCGGCAUCCUAUCUCUGGGUAAUGGUUCACGGGGCCAUGAUGGUGCCUGUGCUGCGAGAGAGUUGGCAGAAUCGGUUCUGGACCAGUCGCAUGAAGUAUUUGCUGGCGUACACCACGAUGCUGCCUUUUAGCAACACGACAGAGUUCAGUAUCUUUAUACUUAUCUUUUUGGUGCUGUUCUCGAUUUUUCGGUUUUCGCGCUGCCGGUUCAGCGGCUCAAAGGAUUCCCAGCUUGGCGAAAAAAUUCCACUAGAUUUCCGAAUCUGGUCGGGCUUGAUACCAUAUCUGAUUGUAUUUCUAUUCUGCUGGGCACUCACGACCCUCUUUAUUGUACUGAAGAUCUUCGGCGUUGGCAGACGCGCUAAGGACAAGCACUUGCUCAACAUCUAUUGCCAGUUGGGCAUGGCCUUGCUUUUCAAGCUGUUGCUGCUGUCCAACAUGACCGUGGUUUGCUGCCGCUCCUGGGGUCUGUUAAUGCUGAUUAAAAGGGAGCCGGAUCAGCCGCUGUACAAUUUCAAUAAUUUCGGUGAUCAUUUGAAUGCAUUCUUUCGCAUUUGAGGGACGUUUCAAGUGUGAGAUACUUUUACUACAAUUGUACCAGAUUUCGACAUUUAAUGUAUGCAAAUUUAAUUCAAAUUAAAAUAUAAAUUUGGGGCCACA